AUGCCAGGGCGGGUACCUUCCCCCUCGCCCUUUGGAGGCCCGGCGCUGUCAGAGCAGGCGCACACCACGCGGGCACUAUCCAUGUUUGGAACAACGGUUGGUCUUUACGGGAUACCCUGGUGUAAGAAAUCCCUGCUGUUAACUGCCUUGAUGUCAGUUAUUGGAGCUUCCAUGGGAAUUCUAGACACAGGUGGCAAUAUUCUGGCACUGAAUACCUGGGGAGCAGAGGCUGGGCCACACAUGCAGGCCUUACACUUCAGUUUUGCUGUCGGUGCGUUUGUGGCUCCGAUCCUGGCCACGAUGGCCUUGGGCGGCUCCGAAUCGAAAGCCCUUCCAGUGGCUGAGAAGACAAACCAGUCUGUGCCAAGGUCUGUGCCAACAGCAGCAGCUGCGUCAGCACUGAAACACCGCCUUGGUGCCGAUUUUUUGUGGUCCUACGUUGUCAUAGGGACCUAUCUGCUGGUUGUUUCUUUCUUCUUUUUUAUUUUGUAUUCAAAGGGCAGCUCAGCUCGAGACAAAUCAAAGGCCUCUCCAGAGAAAAGCGUGUUUGCCAAAUACCACUACACCCUUCUUGGUCUCCUCUUCAUAUUCUUCUUCUGCUACGUGGGAGCGGAGGUCACAUACGGCUCUUACAUAUUUACUUACGCAAAGGUCUUUGCCGAGAUGAAAGAAAACGAAGCAGCCGCUUUGAACUCCGUCUUCUGGGGCGCGUUCGCCGCCUGCAGAGGAGUGGCAAUAUUCUGUGCCACCUGCCUGUACCCUGGCACCAUGAUCCUGCUGAGUAUCGUCGGCUCUGCCGUCUCCUCUUCGUGCCUGGCCGCCUUCGCGAGGCACCCGGCCUCCCUGUGGGUCGGGACCGCCGUGUACGGCGCGUCCAUGGCCACCGUCUUCCCCAGCGGCAUUUCCUGGAUCGAGCAGUACACGGUCGUGCAAGGGAAAUCGGCUUCUCUCUUUGUGGUCGGCGCCGCGCUGGGCGAGAUGUGCAUUCCGGCUGCGGUGGGCUACCUCCAGGGGAGGCUUCACCGUGUCCCCGUGGUUAUGUACACGGCCCUGGGGACUUCGGCAGCGACCCUCGUGCUCUUCCCUCUGAUGCACAAAUUGGCCAACUGUCCCGCGGGGAGCGGCUUGAAGGAAAGGAGCGAGAGCGAGGACCGGAAAGCCUUGCUGUCGAACUCGGGGCUUAAUGAGGAUGAAGAGGACGAGGAGGAUGCGGGAGAGUGGAAUGAAGCAGACUUUGAGGUAAUAGAAAUGAAUGACACCCUGAGAAACUCCGUGGUAGAGACCUCCCGUAAGAUACUGGGGGACUCUCCGGCCAAAGGCGCUCUCCAGCCCCGUCUGGACGACGUAUUGCGCGAGUCUCCAGCGGUUGCUGGCGGCUCCCCUGGGAGAAAAAAUGUGAUUGUGGACCGGGAGAAGAACGAUUAA